AUGAAAAUAGAACAUAUCAGACCUCAUGCCUAUAUGGAUAUAGUCAUUAAUGAUACCAAAUUAGGUAGAAUAGUGUUUGAAUUAUAUGAUGAUCUUGCACCCAAAUCCACCGAGAAUUUUCUCAACUUAUGCAACACAACAUCCGACAACCCUUCUUACAAGGACAAUAUCUUUCAUCGUGUUAUAAAAAACUUUGUAAUUCAAGCAGGCGAUAUUGAAAAUGGUCACAACCAAUCAAUUAAUCAAAAUCUGAUCGGAAAAGGCAACAUAUCUACCAUUGGUCCAAUACCAGGGGAAAACUUAUCCGAGCCAUUAGAUGAACCAUUUAAAUUAUGUAUGGCAAAUGUCGACGGAGAUGUCAAUACAAAUGGAUCGCAAUUCUUCAUAACCACAUAUCCACAACCCCAUCUAACCGGCAAACAUUCCGUAUUUGGUCGAGUCAUACAUGGGAAAUCCGUGGUACGUGAAAUUGAACAAAUGAAAACCAAUAAAGAAUACAUGCCUUUGGAUAAGGUUAUAAUUGCCGAUUGUGGGGAAUGGAAAGAAGGAAUGGAGAUCCCGAUCUUUAAUGCCAGUUAUGAUACCCGUGGUGGAGAUAUAUAUGAGGAAUAUCCCGAUGAUGAUGGACAUAUUGAUAAGGAAUCAUCCGAAUCGGUUUAUUUAGCAUCUGAACGGAUUAAAGAAAGUGGAACUUUGUUGUUCAAAGCUGGUGAAAAACAACAAGCGUUUUUGAAAUAUAGGAAAUGUCUUAGAUACGUUAUGGAAUAUAUCCCCGAUGAAGAUCAAGAACCAGAAUGGUUUAAAAAGUAUUUGGAAUUGAAGAAGAAAAUAUAUUUGAAUCUUAGUUUGGUUUGUUUACAAUUGAAAGAUUAUCCCAAAGCAAUAAAUUAUUGUACUUAUUUGUUGGAUAUGACAAAUAUUUCUGAUCCAGAAAGGGCAAAAGCAUAUUUCCGAAGGGGUUCAUCCUAUAUCGACACAAGAAAAUAUAAACAAGCAAUCGAUGAUCUUCAACAUGCAAACAACUUGAUACCCGAAGAUAAAUUGAUUAUCCAAGCAAAGGAUAAAGCUGAAAAGUUAUUGGAACAACAAAAGGCUCAAGAAAGAGCCAAAUAUUCUAAAUUUUUCGGUUAA